GAAGGAGAGACACAUUUCACGUUAAUAUGUUGGACUCUGCAAAUUUCAAGAGUCAAGAGACCUUGGAACUCCACCCCUAUUAUGUGCAACAAAACUCUAACCUAGUUACUUAUUACUAAUUCUUGUUAACUCAUAUGAUAGUGUCAUAUUAUUCUUCCUUCAAUUCAAGAAACUUUUUGAGAAAACAAUUGGGUGUUUGAAAAGCUGACUUCAGUUCUUGGGAUUCUUGCACUAUAAACACUGCAUUCUUUUGGUGAAUGAGGAGUGGUGUGUAAUUGGUAGUGAAAGUGAGCGAGUAUUACAGCAAUGGAUAUGUUGAUGUUGUGUGCUAAUAUGAAUGGCACUGCACAAUUAGUGGCAAUUAGCAAGGGUAUAAGUAACCAAGAUAGUGCAUUUUGGGGAGUGAAGAUUAACAAGGGGUUUGGCGUUCGCUUUCGGUCUUGCAAGAGCUUUAGAACUCAAGAAAGGGGUAGAAAAGUUAAGAGUGGUGUUGCCUUUUCUGUUCUAACCCGUGAUAUAAACAAAGAGCUUGUGUCAUUUGAAGAAGCAAUGUUUGAGGAGGAGCAUCCAAAGGCAGACCCGAAAACUGUUGCCUCAGUCAUUCUAGGUGGCGGUGCGGGAACUCGUCUUUUUCCUCUUACUAGCAGAAGAGCUAAACCAGCUGUUCCAAUUGGUGGUUGUUACAGGCUAAUUGAUGUACCAAUGAGUAACUGCAUCAACAGUGGCAUACGGAAAAUUUUCAUCUUAACACAGUUCAAUUCCUUUUCCCUCAAUCGUCACCUUGCUCGCACGUAUGAUUUUGGAAAUGGAGUGGGUUUUGGAGAUGGAUUUGUGGAGGUUUUAGCUGCAACCCAGACUCAAGGGGAUGCAGGGAAAAUGUGGUUCCAAGGCACUGCUGAUGCUGUGCGGCAAUUUACAUGGGUAUUUGAGAAUGAGAAGAACAAAAAUGUCGAGCACAUAUUGAUUUUGUCUGGUGACCAUCUUUAUCGAAUGGACUACAUGGACUUUGUUCAGAAGCAUAUUGACACAAAUGCUGAUAUUACAGUUUCAUGUGUUCCAAUGGAUGAUGGUCGAGCUUCAGAUUUUGGAUUGAUGAAAAUUGAUGAAACGGGACGUAUCAUCCAAUUUGCUGAGAAACCAAAAGGCCCUGCUUUGAAGGCAAUGCUAGUUGACACAUCUAUCCUCGGACUAUCUGAGCAAGAGGCAGCCAAGUUUCCUUACAUUGCAUCCAUGGGUGUUUAUGUAUUCAAAACUGAUGUUUUACUAAAACUUCUCAAGUCGGCUUACCCUUCAUGCAAUGACUUUGGCUCUGAAAUCAUCCCUUCUGCUGUUAAGGAUCAUAAUGUCCAGGCAUAUUUGUUUAGUGAUUACUGGGAGGACAUUGGAACAGUGAAGUCUUUCUUUGAUGCCAACUUGGCCCUCACAGAGCAGCCUCCAAAGUUUGACUUCAAUGACCCGAUGACCCCAUUCUACACUUCUCCUAGGUUCUUACCUCCUACAAAAGUUGACAAAUGCAGGAUAGUGGAUGCAAUAAUUUCACAUGGUUGCUUUCUGAGGGAAUGCUCCAUCCAGCACUCUAUAGUUGGUGUGCGAUCACGCUUAGACUAUGGUGUUGAGUUUAAGGAUACCAUGAUGAUGGGUGCAGACUAUUAUCAAACUGAAUCUGAGAUCGCUUCGCUACUAGCAGAAGGAAAGGUUCCAAUAGGGGUCGGACCAAACACCAAGAUACAAAAUUGCAUAAUUGACAAGAAUGCGAAGAUAGGAAAAGAUGUGGUUAUUAUGAACAAGGAAGUAAGUAUCUUUCUUUUGAAGUGUGAAAUCAUCAUAAAAGAGAAUGCAAGUUUAACUGAUGCUUGGAUGAUGCAGGGUGUUGAAGAAGCUGAUAGGUCGGAGGAAGGAUUUUACAUUAGGUCCGGGAUUACUGUCAUAAUGAAGAAUGCAACCAUUAAAGAUGGGACAGUCGUAUGAAAACUUGAAAAGUAGUCUUGCUAGUGGAUCAGGUCGAUCCUCAAAGGAACUAAAAGUAGGCUGGUAUGGUCUAGUGGUAAUAAAGUGCUACUACUAGUCACUUUUCACAUUGUAAGAGCUUUACCUUUCAAGGAUUUAGUACUCCUUCCUAUGUAAAUCGCUCCUUCCAUAUAUGAAACUGAACAUUUAGCUACCUUACAGUAACAGAACAUGAAGUUGUUUACUUUCCACGUUACGUAGUGGACUAAUAACAUCGAUCUCCAAGUGAA